AUGGAGCUGACUGAUUUGCUCCUGGUGGCCAUGCUUCUCCUUACUGCAAGAAUAACUCUGUCCAGCCCAGCUCCUCCUGCCUGUGACCCUCGACUCCUAAAUAAGCUGCUUCGUGACUCCCAUCUCCUUCACAGCCGACUGGGUCAGUGCCCUGACAUCAACCCUUUGUCUACACCUGUCCUGCUGCCUGCUGUGGACUUUAGCCUGGGAGAAUGGAAAGCCCAGACGGAACAGACCAAGGCACAGGACAUUCUAGGGGCCGUGUCCCUUCUAUUGGAGGGAGUGAUGGCAGCACGAAGACAGUUGGAACCCUCCUGCCUCUCAUCACUCCUGGGACAGCUUUCUGGGCAGGUCCGCCUCCUCUUGGGGGCCCUGCAGGGCCUCCUAGGAACCCAGCUUCCCCCACAGGGCAGGACCACAGCUCACAAGGAUCCCAAUGCCAUCUUCUUGAGCUUGCAACAACUGCUGCGAGGAAAGGACUUCUGGAUUGUUGGAGACGAACUUCAGUGUCUUAGCCAGAGCUCCUGGCCCUGGGCUUCUGAGCAGGCUUCAAGGACUCAGAACCAAGAUUAUCCCUGGUCAGCUGAAUCAAACCACCAGGUUCCCAGAUCAAAUCCCUGGAUUCCUGAACAGGACACAUGGACCUCUGAAUGGAACUCAAGGGCUCUUUGCUGCAGCCUCACUUCAGACCCUGGAAGGCCCAGACAUUCUGCUAGGAGCUUUGAACAAAGGCUCCCUGCCACUCAACCUCCAAAGUGGACAUUCUCCUUCUCCUGCCCAUGCUCCUGAUGGACACACACUCUUCCCUCCUUCACCUCCCUUGCCCACCCAUCAGUCUCCACCCCAGUUCCAUCUGUUUCCUGAUCCCUCCACCUCUGUGCCUAACUCUACCAGCCCUCAUCCAGUCGGAGUUUACUCUCA